AUGGCUGACAACAUCAUUCCAAGUUUUAAGGUAUUUAAACUUGUUACGGUUAAUCAAACGGACCUAUAAAAUCAAAGAUACCCGUCUAUAUGAUCAUGACUCAGGAGAACUUACCCUCAGUAGCUGCUCCAGCUGCAGCAUUUUGAUGAUUCCUUGGCUUCCUGACACUUAAAAAUCCCCCAUUUUUCUGCAUGUAGAAGACAUUCCACUUUUUCUCUUUGUCCUCAUGUUGCCAAAUGUGGCACCGAAAAGCCUUGGGAGCCAAAAUCAUUCAACUAUUUUCAAACCGUGACAACAAAACAUGUGAAAAACUUAUCUCGUAGACAUUCCAGCGCUUUAGAAAAUCCACUUGAGGACAAGUUGUGUACGAGUUUUUAAGGCACUUCAUUUAGCACCUGAUUUUCCAAACAGCUAAAAAAAAAAAAGUAUGUUUUUUGUUGUUGAAAUGGCACAACCAGAGUCCAUUCCUGCGCUUGUACUCAGCACAAUCCACUUUCCCAGCUCACGCUAAGUAGCUGAAGCUUUGCUUGUUUUCUGACCCUGAACGCUUGACCAGUAGACAGCAGGCUCAGGUAGAUUAGAGCGGACAUGUGUAGACGCACACACCCACACACAGACGUACACACACACACAGGUAUGGAUUGGUGUUGGCUUAGGUUUGAAGAUGGGCCUUUAAUUUUCCUGUAAUUGUUACCUAACGUCACACUUGAUCUCAGUCAAAACAGUAAAGGUGACACGGUAAAAAGGAUUGAUGGAUAUUGUGAGGACAGAGGCUGUCUGUCUGCGUUAUUUAAUUAUCUUAUAAAGAGUAAAAAUGAUUGUUUGUUUGUUGUUUAAAGAUGGUGCACAAAUGGAGAAGGAAACUAACAAAAAUCUUAAAAUUUAUACUGGCGUGAAAAACAAUCAAAGAAUGACAAACAAAGCAGAAUAUGUAUUACACUUUGCACUUUCACAUGGUUAUGUACUGCCUCUCACUGCUCUCCAAGCACUGUAAUCUGGGAUUAUGGCACAAGCGGCCUUCUGCACCGUGAAGGAGGGAUGAAGAGCCAGUCUAAUCCCACACAAUUGGAGCAGAUAACUAACUAAAUGUCAGACGGGGGGAGAGGUGUCUGUUUGAAAGAAGGAUCGCAUUAAUGUCUCGCAAAACUUCGAGAAAAAAUAACAGUCAGAAAGAAACAUUUCUAAUCCUGCUGUUAGUUUAGGACCAGAAUUAAAGAGGCUCAGAGUCCAGAUGCUUCGUUUAUUUAAAGACGUAUGUAAAAAAACAACCUCUGAUUGUAGUUAUAGUUGCUUUUGUGUGCGUCUCAAUCUCACUGAUAUUGUAGCGGAAUUUAUCUGGUAGCUACGGUGGACCUGAGGUGCAAAACACAACUGCAAAUCAGAAAACACAACACAAGAAGAGAAAACACAACGGCAAAUAAGAUAACAACACAAAAAGAGAAAACACAACAGCAAAUCAGAAAACACAAUGACAUUAACCGUUGUGUUUUCUUUUUUUGUGUUGGGUUUUUUCUGAUUUGCCAUUGUGUUUUGCACCUCAGGGCCACCGUAGAGAUCUUCUGUUGCAUGUCAGCAGAGAUCUGUUUCUCAUAUUCAUUUUAUCAGCCGGUGUCAAAAAAAACUCCUGCUGGGCCAAAUACAUGAUUUUUGUGUCAGUGUGUAUUUAUGGGGAAAAAAGAACAUGUCAAGAAUCACUCUGUUGUUGUAACUAGGCGGCUGAUCUGGUCAUCCAGUUGACCUCCACCCCGAAGAUAAAGCCUGAAGUCUCCACCUUUGGGACCAUCUUCACUGACCACAUGCUGACCAUAGAGUGGAGCGCGGCUGAGGGAUGGCGGGCUCCACUUAUCAAGCCCUUUGGGAACAUAUCGCUCCACCCGGCGUGCUCAUCUCUGCACUACGGCGUACAGGUAGGGCUGUCUUGAUACGAUAUGAUAUCAGAUAUUGGUCCGAUAUCAGCAAAAAAACAAAUAUUUGAUUAUAUCGGCCUGCAUCUAAAAUCUCCAAUACAAGCAGUACUAACCCUAAAGUACAGAUAAAGUAGUAAGGAGUCGGAGUGAUGUGGCAAUAUUUUUCGUUAAAGUCCAAAAAAGACAUUACAGCAGAGUGCAAAACUUGUCAUGCAUAAGUUUGUGCCAAUAUUGGAUCAGUAUUGGUAUCAGCCGAUACUGAAGGCUACAAUAUCAGUAUCGUUUUGGAAGUAAAAAAAUGUAUCGGGACAUCCCUACAUAAAGGGGAUACCUUUCUUUUGUUUAAGAUAAUCCAAAGAGGUGGAAACUUACCAAUUUCUCUUGCAUGAUUGCAUCGUCCAUUAACUCUCAUUUAGUUUGACUCACCUAACCUGAUUCUAAUUUCUUCUUCCAGCUGUUUGAAGGUUUGAAGGCGUACCGGGGAGAUGACAACCGCCUGCGUCUCUUCAGGCCGAUGCUCAACAUGAAACGCAUGUCCAAGUCUGCGAAGAGAGCUUGUCUCCCUGUAAGAUCGAUGUGAGGAAUGAAUGGCGGGGUGUCUGGAUAGAUGGAGGAAAUUAGAGCUUACAGCGUCGGACAAACGCCCUCCGAUUGCAACAAUUUCAAAACAAUUUUCCACAAAGUGCAACAGUCUUUUGCCUUAUUAUUGUAUUUUUCUCUCUCCAUCAGUCGACUCUGACUUCUCUUUGUUAUCCUACUGCUCUCUCUCCAGGCUUUUGAUCAGUCAGAGCUGCUGGAGUGUAUCAGGCGACUGGUGGAAAUUGAUCAGGACUGGGUUCCUCACUCAGACUCAGCAGGUCUGUACAUCAGACCAACAUUUAUUAGCACUGAGGUGAGGAAGACUGGAAAGUGUUGUGACCAUUUUGAAGUUUUUAAAUGAGAUGAUAUUGACUCGUGCGCCUGUUGUAGCCCUCUCUGGGUGUGAAGAAGCCAGGCCAUGCUUUGCUGUAUGUGAUCUUGUGUCAAGCGGGGGCGUACUUCAACAAUGAGGCAGAAGCUCUGUCUUUGUGGGCUGAUCCAAAAUACACACGGGCCUGGAUAGGAGGUACCGGGGACUGUAAAAUUGGAGGGUGAGUUUACGGAUACUGAUUUUUAUUCAGUUAAAUCAAUGAAUACAUUUCACCUCAUUGGUUGUUUUGUGUUUUCUGCAGGAAUUACGGCUGUUCCUUGUUAGCCCAGUACGAAGCAGUGGAUUAUGGGUGUCAGCAGGUGCUUUGGCUGUAUGGGGAUGACCACCAGAUCACAGAGGCAGGGACCAUGAACAUCUUCCUCCACUGGGUCAAUGAGGAUGGAGGUGAGACUCAAAUGUUUCACAAACCUGACCUCUCCUGGCAAAACAGUGUCACUGCAACAAACUCUUAAUACUUUCUCUUUUUUUCUCUUUUUGUACUUUUUAAGAGGAAGAACUCGCAACUCCACCCCUGGACGGUAUCAUACUACCAGGUGUAACUCGACAGAGCAUCCUGGAGUUAACCAGGACAUGGGUGAGUAAAAAAAAAACUCACCUGUAACACCAACAUGUGUCAUUGAUUUUUACUUGACUUUAAUGUGUCCAGGGUGAAUUCAAGGUGACCGAGCGGUACCUGACCAUGAGUCAACUGUGCUCCGCUCUGAGGCAGCAGAGGGUCAGGGAGAUGUUUGGCUCAGGUACAGCCUGCAUGAUCUGCCCGAUAGGACACAUCGUCUACCAGGGGAAGGUAAGAGAGAGAGCAACACACAUUAUUUUCCACACAAUUUCUUGCAUUUUAAGCAAAAGAGUAUAUUCAUAUGAAAGCGGUUGGUGUAAUGCAUCAUUAAUGAUGAUUUUAAUGUAUUAUAAAUGUUGUAAACCUAUAGUAAAUUAUGCAAUUAUUUCUCUGUGCUAGAGGAAAAAUUAAUAAUGUAGACUCAAUAAAUCUCUUUGCAUUCCUUGUGGUCUCUAUCGCCGACUGUGACAAAUAACUGUAAUAGGCUACACAGAUUUAUUCAGUUAGUUAGAGCCAUUAUCUACACUAAAAAGAGUACUUUCUAUGUAAAAGUACAUUAAUUUGUUUAUUCAAAUAGGGCAGCGGAUCUAAACCGCUUCUUUGUCAACAAAAAGAGGCGAUAAAAACAUUUGAGGACCUCAAACAGUCAUAGAGUUACAUCUGUGCCACAGCUACCUCUGUCGGAACAAUUGUGGAUCAUUUAUAUCAGGAGCUGUUAAAGCCAAAACCAUAGACUAUAUAUAGAAUGGAUGCCGUCUGCCUCCUUGCUGGGUGGAGUCACUGCGAGAACAGCACCCUCUGGUGACAGGCUGCAGUAUAGGUCACAAAUCCCACCUCCUCCAGCAAUCCCUAUGGAGCUGUGGACAAACUUUAGAAAUUUAUUUCACAGAAUAUAACAUUUUUCUCCCCCCUGGUUGCGAUGUUGACAUGUAGUUAUUGUAAGACUAGUUUGUGCUCAAGUCCUCUUUUUUCUGUACAACUCCAUUUUUAAAAGUUAUUAGGGGGUUCAUGUUUUCUGUGAUUGACACUUGAUACAGCCUAUGGGCGUAUGGGCGUGGUGGAGUGCGUACAACGCUACUGCGCAAUGAUAGUUUCAGGAAGUGGAGAUAAAACGCGGACAUACUGAGAGCUUUUCAGCUUCAAAGCCGUAUGCUGGUGGAAGGCGGAACCAAGUUGUCCAUAGUAAAUACAGUCUAUGCCAAAGACCCUUCAACAGUUCCUAGUCAACAUUAGCGUAGCCUCUACACUGUAGAGGCUGUAGAGUUUACAGCCUCUAUGCAAACAUAUCAGUCACUGUUUUGAGCCUAAAAUAGGACAGAUAGACUGAGAUUUUAUCUUUCAGCUGUUACAUAUUUACGUUAAUAAAGUGGUAACGCUUUCUUUUACGGUACACUUAUUACCAGGUAAUUAACAGGUAAUUACCUAGUAACAACAUGAAAUUAUCUGGUAAUUACAUGAUAACUACUAAGUCAAUACUGUCUAUCUACCAGGUAGGUAACCUUUCAUCAUCAUACAAAUUUGAAGCCGUAUUGCUCUGGUAUUUCCAGGAUUUUCUCCGCUUCCUGGAACCACCACUUGCGCAGUAGCAUUGUACGCAUUCGGCGGGUGAGUCGCUGCGAUAAUGCUCGGCUCAAACAGCGUAACUACGCAAGCUUCACAUGCCCAUAGGCUGUAUCAAGUGUCAAUCAUAGAAAAUAAGAACCCUAAAUAGCUUUUGAAAAUGGAGCUGCACAGAAAAAAGAAAAAAAGAAAAACUAGACAGUAUUGACAUAGUAGUUAUCAUGUAAUUACCAGAUAAUUUCAUGUUGUUCCUAAGUAGUUACUAAGUAAUUACCUGUUAAUUAGCUGGUAAUAAGUUUAACGUAAAAGAAAGGGUUACCAAUAAAGUUUCAGACUCACAUCUUGUCUUUAUCUGCUAAACUUUCUUAUAAUUCUAAUUUAAAGUAGUAAAGCCGAGAAUGGUGUUCAAACUUUCAGUAGCAUGCUUUUUUGAUCAAUGAGCCUCGUGGUCUCUUGUGAAAACAUGGACAGUUUUCAUCUUAAGAAGACUUUUAAAGCCCCGAGGCUACUUGUCUUAAUAGUAUUAUAUGUUUACUUAAUAUUCUCAACGUGUUUGUAAUUUCAUUUGGACAAGUGCGUUCGCAGAGCUUGAUUAAAUUAUUAAAAUUGUGUUGGUGGUGUGUUUCUCUAGAGCUUGCAUAUCCCCUGUCAGGAUAAAAACACACAGCUGACUUGCCGGAUAGCGAAAGAACUCAGCGAUAUACAGGUUGGUGGAUGCACACAUGCAAACACACACACACACACACACACACACACACACACACACACACACACACACACACACACACACACACACACACACACACACACACACCCUAACGUCCCACAGAUGUUCAGUAACAGCUGGCUGAACGUCUGUGCUCCUUACACCCCUGUCACCUUCAGGACUUUCUUUCCAUGUUGUAACAGGUUACUGGUGUGAAAAACUCCUACAAAAUAAAAGAUUUAGGAUGCUAUUUGCAGUGCUUAUAUAGUCCACUCUGAAAAAUACUAUCUAAAUUGAAGAUGCGGCAGAUAAAAGUCGAUUUCUUUCCCAACUUUACUCAUCCUGCGUCUUCAUAAUUGCAAUACAGGCCUGUUAUCGCACCGAUUAUUAUGUAACCAAGUGAGUUAAAAGCAUUAUGUUGUAAUCUUAUGAGCAUUGUACACCUACUGCAUAUGCCUGUAAGUAGACAAUAAGUGAACCUCAUUAGGUAAUGAGUAAUGACUUUGUAAUAUUGUGCAUGGCCUACAAACAAACAAACAAACCACUUCUUCGACUGCGGUGAAGCUCUGCAGGUUUAAACAGAUUUAUAAUGUUUUCGUCCUGAAGGCUUGAGUUGGGUUAAUGUGCUUGUUAUGUAUCACUGGCUUUUUGUUUAUUAUGCCGUAUAAUGAGCCUAUUAUUAACGUGAGUAUGACUUUGAAUUUAGGGUUUAUUUUCUCACUAUCGGGCUUUGUCUGGCAAAAUUGCUCGCAAUGUUUAGGGUCUUUAAGUUUCAGCUGGAAUUUGGUUUUACUCGUUUUUGUCAUGAUAUGUUCUGGUUUCCCCCUGGUUUGGGUCAUUUGAGUGUAUUUUCUUUGUGAUUUUCCCUCGUGUUCCUGUUGCCCUGUAGUCCUGUCUUCUGAUUUUUCAGUUUGUGUCUGACCCCGUUUCCCUCAUGUUCUCAGUGUUUUUUAUUAUCAGUUUUCAGUGUUUCCUGUUUUAUUUUGUAGUAGUUUAUUCCCUGUGUUUCUAGUCUUGUUUUACUUCCUCUGUUUUCCCUCCUCUGUAAUUGUCUGCACCUGUGUCUCAGUGUCACACCUGCCCCUUGUUGCUCGUUUCCCUGUGUAUGUAUAGUCCUUGUCUUCCCCUGUUUCUUGUUUGGUUCAUUGUGUGUGUUUGUCAAGGUGUGUGUGAAUGCCAGUGUCUCCUUGUGAUUUUGUUCUACCAGUGCCUUUUGUUACUUUUGGAUUUUGCCUCUUGUGUUUUUUGCCUUUGGGAAUUUUUCUGUUGGACAUUUAAAGUAAGUUUUUGUUGCUUUUUAUUUCAUUAAUUUGGAAUAAAUUAUUUGGACCCUUUCCUUUUUGUUUAACUCCAGAACCUGACCAUUUGUAUACCAAAAAAUGGUGCAACUUCUUUAAGACGCAUGAUAAAUGUCACUUAAUAAUCUAGAUAAUAUAGUUUUUUGAUCUGCAUAUUACAGUUUUUUCAGUCACUAACAAGCGUUUGUCCAACCAGUUGUCACAUUUUCAAAACUCGAAACACAAUUAGCACAGCAUACCGUUCACACAUCUCAUGUCGUUCUCACACAAUAGGCAGUCAAUGAACACAUGUCCACAAUUCUUACAUUUUCUUAACAGGCAAGCUAUACCUCCGAACAAAAUUAUGGAUUGUUUUUGUAUCAUUUACGAAUGUUAACACACAACAUCCCACAAUAGCAAAAACAAUAUUCCAAACCUUAGAUUCAGUAAAAAAAACCUCUGCUUCUGCAAUGACACCCUUUCAAAAACAAUAUAUCUCAGCUGAUAAUAAACAGUUGAAUAAUUGACACACAACUGAUUUAUGUUAGGUAAAUUGGGCCAAAGGUGAAUCCGACAUACCAAGCGGUUUUAACCCAGGUGCAUCACCUUGGAUAAUAUCAGAUGCGAUGUUGAUGAAAACAUGUGGCCUAAAGGUCCUUACACACCGGGAACGACACAAAUAUACGACGCAAAAUUAUGAAAUAUUCGGAGGCGAAUUAUCCAUUUGGCCAGUUGUGUUUUUUGGUGUGAGUCUGUGUUAAGGGUUUAGAACAAGUAUGAAUGGGUAAGCGCUUGUUUGCGACUGAAAAAACUGUAAACUCUGUUUCAAAGACAAUUUCCCGCAACAAUUACUACAUUACAGUCCCAUUAGACUUAGAUUUUCACAAUAAAAGCUUUUAAACUGCAUUCUAUAGUUCCACAGUCCUUAUUCAGUUUAUGAUUUAAACAUCUGAACUGCGUCAACCCUGUGAUUUGAAUCUGCAAGGCCAUUUGGUUUUCACACACACACACACACGGCAGAAGACUAAGGGCAAAGUUUGUCCUAAUGACCGGUAUGAGUGGAUCAGUCAGAACACACUCUUGAUAUUUUGAUUGGAGGAUCUGUCUUAUCUUCGCGGUGUCCUUUCUUUUCUCCAUGUCUCCCUUCACUUCCCAUGCUGCAUCUGUGUUUUUGUUGUUUUGUCUUUCUGCCCGGUCUGGGUCAGAGGAUUAGCAUAUCUGCCCUCUUAAUCACCAAGGCCUUGUGCGCUGGAUUGAUACACCAAAUCUUUACAACAGAUAACAUCUUCCUAAGUCUACAAAGCCUUAGAGAGAUACAGUUUCCGACCUAAUGCUGGAGUGUGGUGAGUUGGAGAUAGGGGCAAGACAAACUCCUGAAUUCUCUCAUUAAGCUCGCUGUAAUUGCACAAACCCAAUUAUUGCCUCAGCCUUUUGUGAUCUUCAAAGCCAAGAUGCUGCAAAUGAAGCCUCGAACAAGUGGGUGAGGAGGAGGAGGAGGAAGAUUCGAGGGGGGAAGCGGCGGCAGAGAAGCUUAAUGAACAAUAAAAUCGACAAAACGCUGGAAAACGCUGCGCUUCUUCCGCAGCGCUGUUAAAUCUGUUGACAUUUCAUUUGGUGGGAAGCAGUGCAGUGUUAUCCCCCCACACACACUUCUCCUCCCCGCCCCUCUUGAAGACAACAUUGUGCAACAAACAAACGAGUGGUCUGAGGCAGCAGAUGAAAGAUGGGUUUACUAAGUCGCCCUGCUGUUCCUCUUUCAAGUUAAUUAGAAAUCACAUUCUUUUGUUUCCCCUUCGCAGGCGUUUAUUUACUUUCUCACUUCGACCAUUAGAACAAAUUUGCAACAUGAGACACAAAUAAUUGGAUUUGUCUCCGCGGCUGUCACGGAUUGGGGAACAUUUUGUUUUGAUUUUUAUUAUAGUUCCUUUUCUCUGUUGUGUUGUGUUCUGUCGGUGGCUGAGUUUGCAGAUUUGCUUACGGAUAUUUGAUUUCAUUUCUUGAUUUGUGUUUUGCUCGCAAUUAAGCAGCACUAAGCAAGUUUAGGGCUUAGAAAUACGAGUUUUUCUCUACUUUCUGAGGCCCCCCCAGAAGAGCAGAGACUCUCUAACCUUUCCAUGACUUUUGUUUUCUUACAGUUCGGGCGCACACCCAGCGAUUGGACCUUCCUUGUUUAGGAGUGAUGAAGAGGCCGGGAAUACUUGAGCCAAACAACAACGAGUGACAAGGACGAACUCAAACUAUUAUGCAACAAACAAAGACAUGAUGUACAUUCAUAAGAAAACAGUGUGUGUGCAAUAUUUGUAUUCUAAUUGCAAUAUACUGGAAAACUGUGCAGGCAAUGGUGUCAUAACUCUUUAGUUCCCAUUAAACUUAGACUCAUAACAAACACACAACUGUCCAAAAUAAUUAACAUAAGUAGGCGAAUGUCUCAUGCAAUACUUCACAAUAGCUUACAGUAACUCAGCCACCACUGCUGCCUCAAUAUCCACAAUACAGCUGUGGCUUUGAUAAAACUUUCAAAGAAUUGUAUAACAUGAGUGUGAAAGUUACAAACCGGCUACAGGCAGGAUUAAACCGGAGUUUUGUAGAGGUAUCGAUUUAAUCAUGCUGGGAAAACUUCCUAUAAAGGUAGGGUUGGUAAUCAUGGCAAACUAGCUUGAAUUUGAAUGUAGUAUCUCCUCAGGACUUCGUCUAGCCCUUCACCCCUCCCCUUGGAGCUCCUCCAAAACAACGCCCCUGCUCACAUGCACAAGCGUUACUGUCUGCUGGUUCAAAACCACAGACUCAAAACUUUGGCACUUUACAUUGGCAAGUCUUUGCACAGUAGGGACAAAGAAGGCAACGUAGCAUCGGGAUGACCACAUAACUAGCAACAUGGCUAAAUACUUGAUCAAGAUUAAAAAACGCCAUGAGACAAACCUUCAACAUACCUUUCCAAUAGAAAAUGAGUGGCCAAGGCAUUACCUUUAAAGCCCUUGACCUCUUUCAGUGUUCUCCAUCGCUGAAAAGCUGCCUCGAUGUUGACUUUCAUUUUCGCCCUUGCUUUCUUCGAACUCUGUCUUGCAUCGGCCUUCUCUACCUCCGUCUUUCUUUUCUUGCAGGAGGAGUAGUCACCAUUAAUCUGGGUAUAGGUAGUUUCUCUGCCAUUCUCCAAUGUAGCUGUAUCCCUCUCAGCUCGGCUAUGCUCGGCAUUGAAUCAGGGCCAGUGCACGCUGGUGACAUGUACGCACAGGAGGUGAGCACAGGAUUUGAUUGGUUUAAAAAUGUGGGACCCACACAAUGUUAUUGGUCAGUGUUUUCCCAGUUUUACUCCUGCUGUCGAUACCGGCUAUUUUUCGCUCUUUUUUUUAAGAACACAUCACGUAUUGAUUGCCAUCGGAUCAUAAAAAUCAUUUUAACCAGAAUAACCAAAAGUGUAUCUAAAUUAGAUCACCAACCCCACCUUUAACAGGCAGAAACCUCGAGCAGAACCAGACAGUCAUCUUCUGAAACUGCAUUGAGAAUGACUCAGUGGUUCCUGAAAAAUCACAAGUAAAAGUUCCUGGGCCUUUAAAAAGUUUUAUUUUUUAAAGGCCCAGGAACUUUUGAGUGUACAGCAGGAUGCGCAGAGAUAGUCCAAAAUCCUUACAUUUGUAAUUCUCCGUGAUGCUCAAGUGUUUUCCUGACAUCCUUCACACACUCACAUACACACACACACGCAUAUCUGAACACACACUUACACACCAAUAGAGACCUGGAACAGAACCAAAGCCAUCAGCAUAAUGGAGUCAUAACAGAAAGCCAUCAAAGCAGAGAGCCCUUGGCUGUUUGGCUUUGUAGACACAUGUGAUUGCGUGCGCACACACACACAUACACACACACACACACACACUUACAAACACACACACAUUUACAAACAGAGGAAAUUCUUCAGGAAGCAUUAUUGUUUAAAGACUCAAAGGUAAGCUGUGUCCACCACUAAAUUCAUGCCUCAUUAACCGGAGUCUUGUCCUUAUGUUAUCUUCAUCUAUGCUUGCACUACAUGCACAUUUGCGCCUGCAUGUGUGCGUGUGCGUGCAUGCGUGUGUGUAUGUGUGUGUGUAAAAGGGGGUGCCCAGUGGCAUGCUGGAUGAUUUCUGGCUCUUUGCAAAGACAGCUCAUUUUGGCAGCAGCCCGCUCCUUGUAUGUAGGGGCACAGCUGGUCCAGAGCCCAGUUAGAGUACACACACUCACACACACAUAGACGCAGAAAUGCAAACAUACACACACACACACACCCCUUCAAAAUGCCAAAUACCAUCUAGCUUGCUUAAUCUAGGCCACUUGCGAAGUGACCACAGCAUGUCUUACACUCUAAUCUCAACCCUUUCCUAUCUAUUGUUUAUUUCCCCUUGUAAUUAAAUGCCCUAACAGUUGGUCAAUUAUCAUUAGCUGUAAAUGAAUCACUACAGCUCUCCACUUCAUUAUUCGUCCACAGGGAUCAUUAAAAUUAUACCCAAUCUAAUCCAAACGACAUCUCGACAGGUGAGGACAUGUUGCGUGAUUGUUUAAGGGCAUGUUUGAUGUUAGUUUUUCCUGAAACUGUUCCAGGAACGCAGAUCAGCACAUUUUUUAACUUGUGAUCCCAUUGAUAUUUACUUGAAGUUGGCAAGUGUUGAUUGGACGUUUGCUUGUUGACACAAAGAGCUGAUGAGCCUCUGAGGCAAAAAUUUGUUACUCGGUGUAAAAAGAAAGUUUGGAUGUGAAGUGAUGGCAACACUGGCACUGUGCUGACAGUCGGAGGUUUAAAGGGAUAGUUCGUGUUUUUUUAAUGUGGGGGUCACAUGAUGUUCUCGACAAUAGUAAGUGUAUCAUCCAUGAGCAACGUGGACCUCUGCUUGAGAACAGGUGUGGAAGCUCGACUUUAAACUGAGGUUAGGCUGUCGUAUACCUUCAACCCAAACUCUGUGUCUGUGCCAGUGUGUACUCUCUAUUUUGUAAGUUUUAGCCAUCAGGAAGCUCCUUUGUUUUUGCACUAUUCAGCCACAUAUAUGUGCAAAAUGUAAAGGACAAUUCCACUUGAUUUUCACUCAGUGUACUCUUAUAGUGUGAGUUUUACUGUUUUUAUUUCAGUAUGACAAAGUUAUUUAGCAAGAAAUGCUAAUAUAUCAUCCAGCUAAUAGAGUUAGUUAAUACAGCUUGACUUUCCCCUUCAACAGUUAGUACACGCACAGUCAGUAUACGUUUACAUGCACUUACAAAAAUUGAUUUAUUGCAACAGUCCGACUGAUACUGGGCUUUUAAAAUGAAUGUCAACACACAUGUCUGACUGAAAUCAAACCUCUCGUUUGUUGGAAUUACAUACCUGGAAAAUGCGGUUGCAAAUCGAUUUGCUCUCGCAUGUAUACGAACUAAAACUGGCCUAAGCAUCGUGUAAAGUUUUUGGGUGCUGAGUCGGUGGUUGAACAGCAUGAUUGCAUUGCUAGGGUGCAGUUAGUAUCAUGGGGCCACUUGUAAUUCCCAUCCCUAUUGUUCAGGCAGUUUUAUUUAGCGUGACAAUCUACAAAAUAAAGAAGCAUUUUUUAUAACACUUGGUCUGUAGAUAAGCCAGACUCUCUGAAGUCAGAUCAUGUUUACUGUAUGAUUGGUGUCAAUAUCCAGAAUUUUGUGUCUUACAUAGAAGUCCAACCAUGCGCUGUGUGUUUGAGUUUAGUUGAUGUUUAUUGCAGCAGAACAUAUCAUCUCUUUAGCUCGUAAACAAAACCAGGACAGAUGAAGAAAAGAUAUAAAACUUUCCAAACAAACGGCACAAGCUGUAAAAGUGACAUCCGGUUAGCCUCUUGCUAAUACGUUAUGCUAGCUGUUUUGAUUCAUAACAAGUCAACAGGACUGCAACCUCAUGUGAACUGCUGGUUUCCUAUGACCUAGGAAAGUCCUAAAACUCUGCACAUACUUUUUAUUUUUAUUUUUUUUUACUGUGUGUUCACAGUAAAUAAGAUAUAAGUCAAGUUGAGUGUAGAGAGUUAGGCCUCAUAAUAGCCAACCACUUAUUUGUUUUUGCACUUUUCUUCUGCCACUGAUUCUGCUGUAUAAACAGUUAUGAAUUAAAGUAUAUCACCACUAAAAUCUGUCUUUGUUUCCUGCCUUAACUUGGUUCAUUUUAUAAAAAAAAUUAUCAUUAUUAUUAUUAUUAGAGUAAAGGAUUAGCUUACAGAGUACCUUGCUCUCCAUUUCUCCCGGCUCUUUGUAUUUUCCCUUCAGCCCCUACAUUUCUUUCAUUUAAUCUCUCUCUCUCUCUCUCUCUCUCUCUCUCUCUCUCUCUCUUUCUCUCUCUUUCUCUCUCCUCCCCUCCCCUACAGACACCAGGGACCCCGGCAGGCCGCUCCCAUUCAGCCUGGAGACGCCGAUGA